CGACCCUCACGUGACCAGGAGUCGACGUGUGCAGAAGUCCUUCUAGUCCAGGCCCUGUUUCCCAGUAGUAGUCCCCUUUUGCUGGAGGAGAAAAGUGCCCCGGAUCCUUUCAGGACUCUUGGUCUUUUGGGCGCGACUCAAACCGAAGUGAGGGAAGAGAGGAAAACCCCUGGAUUUGUACAGGAUUAAUUUAUUCAAGAAGGAAAUAAUAAAAAUACGCAACAUGCAAAACUCUAGUGAAGAAAAUGAAGGAAAACCACAGAACAUGCUAAAAGCAGAGGAGGACCGUCCUUCAGAUGAUGUACCACAGGAGGCAGAAGGAAAUCCUCAACCUUCCGCUGAAGCUGUAAGCCUGGAGGCAGAAGGAAACCUGAGAGCAGGGCCAGCUCAACCUAGCCAGGGAUUUAAAGAGGACACUCCCGUUAGGCAUUUGGACCCUGAAGAAGUGAUAAGAGGAGUAGAUGAGUUGGAAAGGCUUAGGGAAGAGAUAAGAAGAGUAAGAAACAAGUUUGUGAUGAUGCAUUGGAAGCAAAGACAUUCACGCAGCCGUCCUUAUCCUGUGUGCUUCAGGCCUUGAUUUUUUUUUUUGUCUGGUAUUGAAAUCUGGCUGCUGCUUUCUUUCUGUUAGCAUUUUCUGAUGUAUUUUUGACCUUCAUUUUACUUUUAAUUACCUGGUGGUAUUUUGUUUUAGGUAGAUUCCUUGUUACCAGCAUCUCAUUGGAUUUUGGAUUUUGACCCAUUUUCCAGGUUUAUUUUUCAGUUGAAAAAUUUCAGACAUAUGCAUGGAAAUAAUGUUCAUUCCAUAUUGUACAGUAAAAUAUAACAGGUUACAAAGCAGCAUAUUUAGUGUCUGCUCACAUAUAUAAAAUAAAAUUCCAAAGUGUGUGUGUUUGUGGGCAUGUGUGCAUCAUACAUAUGUAUCUCCAAAACUUAACUGCUUAUUUCUGUGUGGUGUGAAGUUUUAUUCUUGUUCUGCUUUUUUUUUUUUUUUGCUUAUGUGUAUUUUUUAAUGAACACAUGUGUCUCACACACACAAAAGAGUUGGGAUUUUUUAUAAGCAAGAGUCAAUAAAAAAUAAUUUGCAACCAGCUUGUAAGGGCAAUGGGGCACCUAAACUCUUGAUGAAAGAACUAUUAAAAAGAAAUGUAAACCUCAAAUUACCUCUGAAUCUCUUAGCCAGAGGAAUAAAACCGGCAAUCAUUACAGAUA